AUGAGUUGCUGUGAAGUAGAAACACCAACAUUCCAAAAGUUCCAUGUCCGUCGACAAGUUCCAGACAUGCGCAUCAAACUAUUCGGACACACAGAAUUCCAAGUCCACACGAGCAUUCUGAAGCAACAUUCAGAAUUUUUCUUCAAAUUCCUUGAUUCGCCCGAAAAGAUUCAAUCGGAAAAUUCAGAAUGGAAGUAUGACUGGGUUAGUGAGGUCGAAGAUGAUGGAGAAUGGCAUCUUGUUGCUAAACAAAAUGUGCAACCAGAUCUCAUCGAUAAUUUCCUCAGUGAUGGAGAUGCACAUGCCCAGACCCUAGCAUUCUGUUUCAUGAUCAAUGCAAUGUACAGAACUACAUGUGCAAUUCAACCCAAAGCACUAGAAGCCAUCGUCAAAAUGGCAGACUACUAUCUCUGUCUCCCGAUCGUCUCCUACCACAUCUCCGCCUGCAUGUGGACCAAUAGCGAUCUCCUCGCCCGCCGCAUCAGCGAAGAGCCCGAACACUUCAUCGAGCUCGCCUACACCCUCCGCAACGAAACUCUCUUCCGCGAAUGCGCCAUUCACAUCGCCGGACACAUGAAGUUCCAACAACCGGAGCCCCACGGUCUUAUUCUCUACAAUGGGACACUUCCCGGAGUCUCAAAUCCGAAGAUCCUGGAAGUACUAAAAAUCAUGCGUGAUCGUGUUACUGCCCAACUUCUCCAAACACAGAUGAACGUUUUGAUGUCUUGUGCGGGAGAUCCGGAUUAUCUCAAGAUUUUGAGUACGCCCAUUCCGAGAAAUAUCACAAUUCCGGCGUAUUAUCGCGGAUUAGCCCGGGAUCAUAGGUUGCAGGGUUUGAUUGAACGUUUACUGGAGAAUCAUUUGGUGUUUAAUGUUAAUUCUCUGUUUGAGGCGGGGAGAUUGGGCUCCAUAGGAACGGAUCAUUUUUAUUGUGCAACAUUAGAUGAUGAGGAGUUGCCUGGGGUUGAUUGGAGAAUCUGUAUUUCCAAUACAGGUUUCUUGAAUCUUAUCAUGGCAUGGUAG